AAACCUAAUUUAAACCGUCUCAGACAACAAUGUACACCUAUAAUAAGUUUGGAUCUCGUAACUCGAGCAGCUCCAAUUCAAACUCAACAAAAUCUUCAACUUUACAAUCUGUCCAGUCCAACCAUAGAAUAGAAAAAUCUUCCGGCAAAAAUACAACUCAAGUUGAAUUGGAUUAUUGUAACAACUAUGUGCAUAGCGGUAUUCCAUCUACUAAGUACAUUAGAAAUGUUAGUAAUCCAGUUGAAGGAUACCCCAAAUUAGCUAAACUCCACCAAUUGAAGCGUCAACAGAUUAAGAAACAUGCCCUCAAGCCAUAUGGUUACAGAGUUUCUACUGAUAGAAUUGUUCCCACUUUGAAUAAGUGGAUUGAAGUGUACGGAUUGAAAUUUGAUGUCAUAAUGAUUGGAGCAUUAAUUGAAAAUCAAUUCAUUUUACCAAUUUUAAACAGUAUUCCGAUCUACAAAUUAUGCUCAAAGCCAGGAUUUCUUUUUAUUUGGUCAACAACCCAAAAGAUUCAAGAAUUAACCAAGUUAUUGAACAAUGACAAUUUCAACAAGAAAUUCAGAAGAUCUGAAGAGUUGAUUUUCUUGCCAAUUGACCGAAAUUCUCCUUACUAUCCAGGAGAUUAUGGUAGUGGAGAUCUUGAAUCCUUACCUCUUUUCGAGAGGCAACAAUGGCAUUGUUGGAUGUGUAUCACUGGUACCGUCAGAAGAUCUACUGAUAACCACUUGAUUCAUUGUAAUGUUGAUACUGAUUUGCAGAUUGAAACUCCAACCAGUAAGAAAAACGCAAAUGCAGUCCCAGAGGCAAUUUAUAGAGUUGCAGAGAAUUUCUCCAAUUCAAAUCGGAGAUUACAUUUAAUCCCUUCGAAAUUAGGAUAUGAUACACCAAUUAAAUUACGUCCUGGCUGGGUAAUCAUGGGCCCUGACGUUUUAAUUAAUAAUUUUGACCCAGUUACUUACAACGAAGAGUUGUAUUCCAAGUCAAUGAUUAAGUAUAAGCAGACGGGUACAGGAGGUCAAGCAAGUGGUGGCUACAAUAAUGUAACCACUCAAUUCUUGGUACCCCAAACUACUGAGAUCGAGGAUUUAAGACCAAAAAGUCCAACGAUUCCUGCAAAGUAAAAAUUUUCACUUAAAUAUUG